AUGAAUAAGCAGCAAGAAAGAGAAGAAGAAGAGGAAGAAGAUAUUCCAGAUGAUGAAUUACUAAGAGUUGUAGAACAUCUUGAACGAACUGGACAACAAAGUGGUGGUGGUGCUUAAGCAGCUUCAACCCAUGAUGGAUACUUUAAUUUCAAACUAACCCAGUUCAAAGAAAAGAAAGGGAAGAGUUACGUUAUCAAGCGUAAUUCUUAUCACCUGAAAUUGCAAAACCCAAAAGAUACCUUUCCAACAGGCCAUGGAAAUAUCAUAUGUGCCUUUGAAGAAGGACUUGCCAGAAGCAUCCAUGAAUUGAUACAUGGAUUACCAGAUCAUGACCGCAUCCAGAUCUAUCGCGGAAGCAACAGAUUAAGAAAUUCUCACACCUCAGCGAAUGUUUCUGUAGAACAAUGGCAUGACCCAUUAGGUGCUUCAAGACAAGUUCUUGCUAACAUCUCAAAUCUACUCAAUUUCAAUGAAAACUUUGAAAUUGAUGACACUCUACAACUAGACGUCACUCAUAUCACCAUGCCACCACCUGGAAGAGGUCUCCUUACAGGGAAACGAAAACGGUGCUGCUUCAGGUCAGAUAAUUAUGGAAAAUUACUCAAGUCCAAACGAACCGCUGUACGGAUUACCAGUGAUGAUGAACUUUGCUGCACCAGAGCCAUUGUUGUUGCUAAAGCCAUUACUGAUGAAGAUCCACGAGUAAAAACCAUCAAAGAUUCUCGCUCCCACCUACAAGAAACUUUGGCGCGAGAACUACAUGAAGAAGCAUGUGUACCCAUCGGACCUUGUGGGCUUGAUCAAAUAAAACUUUUUUAA